AGGUUGAUGGCUCUGUUUGGUAAGGGCUCUGUGACAGUAUCAACAACGCCUGUUCCCAUCACCCCUGAUUUGACAGUAUUGUGUAGCAAAGUGACGAACCCACAAGCUGAAACUGAAAACCCAAACGACAUCAGAGAGUUCUGUGACGCUGUUAAUCAAACUAUUGAUGGACCUCAGAGAGUUGUACGGAUAGUUGUGCCUAAAAUCCAAUCUCUGAAUGAACGGGAAGCUCUUUACACAUUAAAUUUGAUCGAUGCCUGUGUCCAAAGCUGUGGAAUUGCGUUCCACGCUGAAAUCGGAAAGUUUAGAUUCCUGAAUGAAAUCAUCAAACUUUUAUCUCCCAAGUACUUGGGAGCUACCACACCUGAACGAGUGAAGAAAAGGUCAAUUGAGCUCCUCUACGGAUGGUCGAGGGGUCUGACGCAUGAACCCAAAAUUAAAGAGGCGUACGAGAUGCUGAAACAACAAGGUCUGAUCACAUCGGAUCCAACAUAUGUAGAUCAUCAGUACGAGUUUAGCAGUCCAAAAGAAACGAAAGAGAAAGUCAAGAAUCCGAUCUUUGAAGACGACGAGAAAAAUAAGCUGCUGACAAAAUUGCUGCAAAGUAAAAACAAAGAUGAUUUGGAGGCCGCCAACAGACUUAUUAAAACAAUGGUCAAAGAGGACGAGGAGAAGCUGCAAAAGCAGUACAAGAGGACAGAGGAGCUGGAUACCAUACACAAUAACAUUCGACUGAUGAAUGACAUGCUCAACAACUACUCGAAAACAUCUUCAGAUGCAGACAUCGAUCUCAUGAAGGAACUGAAGGAAAGUUUGGUGAAGUUUCGUCCACGAGUGUUCCAGUUGGCAGCUGAAACUGAUGAAAACGACGAAUCCAUUGGUGACAUUUUGCUGGCAAGUGACGAGUUGUCCUCUCUGUUGGAAAGAUACAACAGUACAGUUGGGAACAGUCACUACAUUCCUCCAGACAAACCUUUGUCAGGUACCACAAACGAUUUGAACUCAGUUGGUGCUGCAGUUGGUCUCUUAGAUUUACACUCUCUAGAUCCUCUAGCCGAUCCCCUGCUGGCACAACUGGGACUGGCUUCCUCAGUUGAGAAGGGCUCUGCUGCCGCAGCUGCGGACACAAAUCCGUUUGCAAUGUUCGAAUCGCUGGGAACUCCUAAUUCAACUUCACUAAGUGUAAAUUUGUCAACAUCACCGUUCAAUUCUACGGCGCAGUCGAGAAAGCCAACAACAGGUGGUGCUGAUUUGAUAGGGCAUACAAACCCUUUUGCAAUAAACUCUAACCCUAGUUCACAAAAUCCGUCCGCAUCGCCACAGCACCGACUGCACGCAGUAUCAUCGGGAGUCGCACCGCCGCCUCUUCCAAAUAGACCCAAUAGUCAAAGUCAAGAAGCAGGCACGCCAGAUCUGUCCAAAAACGCAUCAAAGAGGCCACAAGCGUCAGGCAUGACUAAGAGCGGCAGUGGCUCUGGUGCAUUUGGAGAACUGGACUCACUGGCUAAAAAUUGGCUGACUGGGGGUGCAAGUGGGGACAAGGUGGACAGUACACAGCAGAGCUCGAACUUGAACGACAUACCUGAUGUGCCUCUGAUCCAAGAGAUGGUAUCUCCACUUAUUGACACAUCGCCCGCAAAGACGACUUCCCAUCCGACCGAGACAACUCCAAAAGCAUCACGCUCAAGGACACACAGAGAAGACUUUACAAUUUAUUCCAUCAAACCAUCUCCCACCUUGAAGCCAAUGUCUCUUAUAAGUGAUUCCGAUAUCGGCAUUUCGAUCACCGCCAAUUUCACUCAAUUUGCUAAACCUUCAAUAGAAACAGAACAGUCCAAAGGACUCUCAGAUAUAGUUGUUCUCACAAUUUCUAACACAAGUUCCUCGAACUACUCGAAAGUGGGGCUCCAAGUAGCGUGUCCGAAGUCAAUGCGAACCCAAGUGGGUGCGCCAUCCAGUGAUUCGAUGCCAGCUCAGACUCCGUUUGCACCUCCGGCUGUGAUCAACCAGUGUCUAUUUAUUUAUAACCCUACCAAGGUUGUCCCUCGCCUGAAGUUGAAGGUCACUAUGACGAAAAAAGGCGAAGGGGAGGAAUCUGGAGAAGGGGAGGCGAUCAAUCGGGUGAUCGAUUGCAGUCUCGAUUGUCUCAUCUCAGAAGCAGACUUAGAGUUCUCCGAUUUCAGCUAGCCGGAAAUUAACAGUGAAAUCAAUCUUAAACUGAGAAAAAAGUGAUUCGAAGCAGUUGUAAUGAAGCAAAAAAAUGGUCAUUUGACGUUGAUGUUAAGAGACCGUUUUGUUGUUUUUGGGCAAUGUGCGAUAAAUAAGAUUCGAAUUAAAUAUAUUUAAGUAGGAGAAAAAACAGAACCGGUAGUGCUUACAAAUAAUUAAAAUCCUAGAAAAUGGUCACAAAAAUCUGAAAUCGUAACAACAGAUCGGCCCAAUCAUGUUCUUCGCACAACAUAAAAUUGAAUAUGAUUUUAUGAUGAUGACGCAUGCGUGCUAUUUGUUCUUGUCUUUUCCGUGAACUAAUAAAUAGUUAUCUGGAGUUCAAUUGUUUCAGGUGAACUUAUAUUAUCUUUAUCAGGUGUCAAUGAACAAAGUGAAGACACUAUUUAUGUCAUGAAGUUUUUAGGAAAAGUCAAAAUUUUAUCACGCGCUAAUUUAAUGUUUCGCGGUUUUUCAUUUGUUAAAAGGAAGGCAAAUUACACUCCAAUUACGAAAGUCAAAAUCACGCUAAGAAACGUGAAUGAAUUUGAGUGUCGAAAGUGUAUUUUAAUCUGAAACUUUUCCAGCAG